AUGCCUGGUAGUGUUGCGGUCCUUAAGACGAGCCCGGUUCAAGUUGGAGGACAGGUGGACGAGUCUCAAUCGUACUUCCACAGACUUUUCUGGACUUUCCCGCUGUGCAUCGAGGCAUUCCGUCAUUGCAAGCCGCUAGUCAGCAUUGACGGCACACAUCUGUAUGGGAAGUAUGAGGGAACGUUGCUCAUCGCGAUUGCACAGGACGAGAACUCCAACAUUCUACCUCCCGGUCUGCUGGUUAUAUCGGACAGGCACAACGGCAUCAAGGCUGCGCUUGAGGCCCCUGACGGCGGUUGGUUACCGCCAUCUGCGUACCGUGCAUUCUGCAUACGACACGUAGCGGCUAAUUUUGCCCUUACCUUCAAGGGCAAAGACGCUAGGAGGCUCCUAGUGAACGCGGCGUAUGCGAAGACCGAGGUUGAAUUUGAUUACUGGUUUGAUAUUCUGCGAUCUGAAGAUCCAGCGAUGUGUGAGUGGGCGAACCGGAUUGAUUACUCGUUGUGGACUCAGCAUCGUGAUGAGGGGCGGAGAUUCGGUCACAUGACGACGAACAUCUCCGAGUGUGUGAACUCUAUCCUCAAGGGGGUCAGAAAUCUCCUUGUAGCAUCCCUGGUGAAGGCAACAUAUGGUAGGCUUGCGGAACUCUUUGUUCGCAAGGGGAGAGAGGCUGAGGCCCAGAUGGGAACAGGACAACAAUUCAGUCAGCAUUUGGUGAAGUGUAUUGAGGCCAACUUGAAGACGGCCAGGUGCUUCACGGUGACGCUGUAUGACCGGGAUAACUUCGAGUUCACUGUAGCAGAGACCACUCCGAUUGGUUCUUUCUCCUUGGGUACUUACAGAGUAUCACUUGCCUCUCGGACAUGUGACUGCGGGUACUUCCAGGCUCUUCAUUUCCCGUGUCAGCACGCACUUGCAUGCUGUGCCUACUCACAGGUCACCUGGACCUCUUACGUUCACAGCGUCUAUCAGAUUAGCUCGGUUUUCAGUGUGUAUCGGAUGGGAUUCACACCUCCAAUCCCGGAGGGCUUCUGGCCACCUUACGACGGGCCCACGGUGAUUUCAGACCUUGACAAGAGGCGUGCGAGAGAGGGUCGUCCUAGAUCCACUAGGAUACGGACGAAUAUGGACGAGGCAGAUCCGAAUCGGCUAAAGAGGUGCGGCCUUUGUCGCCAACCCAGACACACACGACGUAGUUGCCCACAGGUUGGAGGAUCGUCUUAG